CGUGGAACUGCCCUCAGUGGCGACUCAGUGCGACGCCUGUCAAGCAGCGAGCCGCUCAGCAGCCAGACGGACCCGAGGAGGAAGAGAGACAGAGCGAGACUGACAGUCCUCCCCGCCCUGAGACAACCAGCCUCUUCGACGCACCUCUCAGGUUUCCAACAUGACGACGCCAGUGCCGAUCUCUCCGGAGGAACAGGAGGAUCUUAGAGAAGCUUUCGCCAAGAUCGAUGUGGACAACAAUGGCUUCAUCAGCAAGGCCGAGCUCACCGAGCUUUUCAGGGCCGCCAACCUGGCGCUGCCGGGCUACCGGGUCCGAGAGAUCGUCCAAGAGCUGACCAAGACCAGCGACCAGCUCACCUUCGACGAUUUCACCCAGAUCGUCAAAGGGCUGAAGAGCACGGAGGUGGCGAAGACCUUCAGGAAGGCCAUCAAUAAAAAGGAGGGAAUCUGCAACGUGGCGGGAACCUCGGAGCAGUCGGGCACCCAGCACUCGUACUCAGAGGAGGAGAAAGUGGCCUUUGUAAACUGGAUCAACAAAGCUCUGGAGAAGGAUGCCGACUGCAAUCACGUUCUGCCGAUGGACGCCAACAGCGACGCCCUGUUCACCGCCAUGGGAGACGGGAUCGUUCUCUGUAAGAUGAUCAACCUCUCGGUCCCUGACACCAUCGACGAGAGAACCAUCAACAAGAAGAAGCUCACACCUUUCACCAUCCAGGAGAACCUCAACCUGGCUCUCAACUCGUCGUCGGCCAUCGGCUGCCACGUGGUCAACAUCGGGGCCGAGGACCUGAAGGAGGGCCGGCAGCACCUGGUCCUGGGUCUGCUGUGGCAGGUCAUCAAGAUCGGGCUGUUUGCCGACAUCGAGCUCAGCAGGAAUGAAGCACUCAUCGCUCUGCUGCGGGACGGAGAAAGUCUGGAGGAUCUGAUGAAACUUUCCCCCGAGGAACUGCUGCUGCGUUGGGCCAACUAUCACCUGGAGGAGGCCGGCUGCGGCAAAAUCAAUAACUUCAGCUCCGACAUCAAGGACUCCAAGGCGUACUACAACCUCCUGAACCAGGUGGCACCCAAAGGAGACGAGGACGGAAUCCCCCCCAUCGCCAUCGACAUGUCGGGAGUCAGGGAGAAAGAGGACCUGAAGCGGGCCGAGUGCAUGCUGGAUGAAGCCGACCGGCUCGGAUGCCGGCAGUUCGUCAUGCCGACAGACGUCGUCCGGGGCAACCCCAAACUGAACUUGGCUUUUGUGGCCAAUCUGUUCAAUAAGUACCCGGCUCUGAAGAAACCAGAGAACCAGGACAUCGACUGGAGCUCCAUCGAAGGUGAAACCAGGGAGGAGCGGACCUUCAGGAACUGGAUGAACUCCCUGGGGGUGAACCCUCGAGUCAACCACCUCUACGCGGACAUCGAUGACGCCCUGGUGAUCUUCCAGCUGUACGAGAAGAUCAAGGUGCCGGUGGACUGGGACAAAGUCAACAAGCCUCCUUACUCCAAACUGGGCAGCAACAUGAAGAAGCUGGAGAACUGUAACUACGCAGUGGAGUUGGGAAAGAAGGAGGCCAAAUUCUCCCUGGUGGGAAUCGCAGGUCAGGACCUGAACGCUGGGAAUCGAACCCUCACCCUUGCUUUGCUCUGGCAGCUUAUGAGGAGGUACACCUUGAACAUCCUGGAGGACCUGGGCGACGGCCAGAAGGUGGUGGAUGACACCAUCGUGACCUGGGUCAACGACAUGCUCACACAGGCCGGAAAACCCAAAAUCUCAAGUUUCAAGGAUGGGUCUAUCAGCACCAGCAUGCCGGUUCUGGACUUGAUCGAUGCCAUUCAGCCCGGAUCAAUCAGAUACGACCUGCUGAAGACAGAAGAUCUGACUGAAGAGGAAAAACUCAACAAUGCAAAGUACGCCAUCUCAAUGGCCCGGAAAAUUGGCGCCCGGGUGUACGCGCUGCCCGAGGACCUAGUGGAGGUCAAACCUAAGAUGGUGAUGACGGUGUUUGCCUGCCUCAUGGCCCGCGCCAUGAAGAGAGCCUAACGACCACGUCCACCCGGUCUGAGGGCGCGCGGUUAAACCCUGUGGAACUGGAAAGCUUAUUUCAGUACAUACUUAAAUCCAGGCUCUAAACUCAACUUGAUUACAGACUUUACAACAAAUGUACGCAACAAAUAAACAGAUUUUUGUAUUAA